UGAUGACUCGCACUUCGGGUUGCUACAACGCUACUUGGCUAACAUAGUUGAUGUAAUUUAUAUGGUGGGAAGGACUAAAAUGUCAAGUGUUUUGCUUGAUUUACAAAACCUGAACCAGAAGCCUCAAAUCAACUCCAAUUGUGACAGAUCAGAAAAUGAGAAGGCUGAUACAUUCGCCGAGCCAUACACGAUGACAAAAACACCAGGAAAGUCAUCUGCGUCUCAUGCAGUGUCUGUAGAGUCCCAACACAACAUGGGGUCUCUGACUACACCCACAAAGGGAAGAGACGUUUCUGCUUGUGAACCCUGGACCCCAACCUCCAACCUCAAAAUCCUUCUCAGCGCAGCCAGCCCAGAGAUAAGGAACAGAGCGAAAGAGAUGUGCAUCGACGACACUGAAAUCACACGGCCAAGCAGCUGCCUUCAGGAGCCUGGGUUUGGAGAAGAAUCAGAAAAACUAAUAAUAAGCCGGAAAGAGAAGAGCCUGGGUUUGCUCUGUCAUAAAUUCCUUGCACGGUACCCAGAUUACCCUAACCCUGCUCUCAACAACAACAUCUGCCUUGAUGAUGUGGCUGGAGAGCUUAACGUGGAAAGGAGGCGCAUCUACGACAUCAUGAAUGUGCUGGAGAGCCUGCACAUGGUGAGCCGGCUAGCCAAGAACCGCUACACGUGGCACGGCCGGGCCAACCUGUCACAGACACUGGCCACGCUGAAGAGGGUGGGUGAGGAGCACAGGUACAGCGAGCAGAUGCAGCACAUCAAGCAGAGGAGCUGCGAGAGGGACUUCGAUCUCGAUGGGGAGGAGAAGGAGAAUGAGAACGUGCAGCCCCUGGCCGAUGGUGAGGGCGAGUGGGGGCAGAAGGAGAUGUUUUUUGUGGAGCUGCCCGGCAUGGAGUUCAGAGCUGCCUCUGUCAAUAGCCGGAAGGACAAGUCAUUGAGGGUCAUGAGCCAGAAGUUUGUCAUGCUGUUCCUUGUCUCCACCCCUCGGGUGGUCAGUCUUGAAGUUGCAGCAAAGAUCCUUAUCGGAGAAGAUCAAGUGAUUGACCUGGACAAAAGCAAGUUCAAAACCAAGAUCCGCAGGCUGUAUGACAUCGCCAAUGUGCUGAGCAGCCUGCAGCUGAUUAAGAAGGUCCAUGUCACAGAGGAGAGAGGAAGGAAGCCAGCUUUCAAAUGGACAGGCCCUGAAGACUUCCCCAAUAUCAAAGCAGAGAGUCCCCCAACCACUAUGUCCACCGGAGCAGGGACAUUGGAGUCCAGAGCCUCGUUAGAGAACUGCACAAAAAAUCUUUUCUCCCCUGGAACAAAGCGCAGUUUCACCCGACACCCAUCUCUGGUCAAGCUGGCCAAGAGCAUUCAGGACGACCGUAGGAAGAUCAACUCAGCCCCGACCAGUCCCAUUAAAGUUACUCCAGAUACAGAUUUCUAUCCAAGCAAAAUGGCCCAGCUGGCAGCUAUCUGUAAAAUCCAGCUGGAUGAGCAAUCAAAAAAAAGUGAAAGAAAAUCCACUCCUGCUGCUGGAAAUGCUCCUAAACCAGAGGAAAAGGCUGCUGAAAGUGUCAGGGCAGCAGAACCAGUGUUGACUGCAGAGCCAAAUGGGAGCACUCUGCGGGCACAGUUCCCUGUCCAGUCUGUGGGGGCGCUGUCGUGCAUCUCCUCUCAGUAUUCCCCACUCAUCCCCGUGCUGCUGCCCCAACACCCCAUGGGCAGGCCCUAUGCUGUGUACAUGCAGCCUGGCUCUGUGAAGCCACACCCCUCCAGCCUAGCAGUGCGCUCCAUGACAUUUGAGGAAAAGAGCGGAGGUCUGUGUGACGGUACCAAGGAGAGUGGCACUCUCAGCACACCUACACUCACUGGGACAUCAGACAUCAGUGCCACUCAGACACAGGUGACCAAUCCUGUGCUUCAAAAUACUGACACCGCCCACUCACCCAAAAGCCCUGCCUCUGUGCUCAAAAGGGUCUGUGCUGAAAGAAUUCCAGAGAACAGUCCCUCCAAAGCUUUGAAGACUCAGAACAUUUCAGAGGGCUCCUCUCCUGUCCAGGCAAAGCCAUGUGCGAACCUCCAGGCACGGCUGAAGGCUCGCAGGGGCCUGGUCUCCAGCCGGCCCUCGCCUCGCGCCCUGCAUCUGGACCCAGAGUUCAUCAACACGCCGGAGAGCACAGCCGCGGAGAGGCUGGACCAGAGCGUGGAGAGGUUCCUGGAGAGGGAUGAGAAAUUUUCGCCGUUGGACAGCGAGGCAGGGCACACACCCCUCCAAGCCGUCCCAGUGCAGGAGAUUGCCAUGCUUCCAGCGAAUCUGAACACUGAGACUCUGAUACCAACAGGCUACCUGAUUCCCAUAUCCCAGCAGUCCCUCAUCAGCUACAAAGAUUGUCAGAGUUCCAGCGGGGAGGGUGCUAAGGCUUCCACUCCCAGCCACAAUGCACAUCAGACCCCCACAGCAGGGUCCGCGCCAGCCGGCACCCAGGAGUUCACCCCGACCCGGUUCUCCAUCCAGCGCCCCAUGUCCGUGUCCGUCUCACCCAUCCCCUCAUUCGCACCUGGGCACCGCAUCAACAGCCCCAGCCCCGCCAUCCUCAACUUCACCCUGCAGAACCUGGGCCUCAUCCCAACGGGCAGCUCAGGGGGCAUGCCCCCGUCCCACAAGCAGGCCAGCCCUGUGCCCGGCCACUCAGGCCUCCAGCAGGCCAGCAUGAUUUUCGUCAAGCCCAUGUCCUCCGUGGCCCUCCAGACUCCGCUACAUGGGCAGCCAGUCACCCUCCUGAGCCUACAGCAGCCCCUGCUGGCCACUCCCAAAGGGACCCAACCUGUCCAGCACAGUUUCUUCCACACCCCGGGCUCCAGCCUCUCCCCCCUGGCCACUGUGACUACCCCUGCUGGCCAAACGUCCUGCAGGACUGUUUACAUUCCCCAGAGGAAGCUUGACGUUGGCGCUGAAGAUACCUUAAGGCCCACUGCCACAGAGCCUGUGCUGCUAAAUGGCCUGCAUCAAUGAGCCUCUGUAGGUGUAAAUCCUGUCAUCCCUUUCACUGUUGCUCUCGGCUCUGUGGCACUGCAGCUCGCAUGGCUUUCAUUGUGUCAUGUCCUCAGCAGUGUUUGGACACUGCCACCAUAACAGAA